UCCCCAUACAGCUCAUUCACGGGUUCAUUCUUUCCCACUUACAUAAAUUAAACCAUUGGACAGGAUCCAUCAAAUAAAAGGUGCAUUUUCUUCAGAGAAUACAGACAUUUCCCCUGGCUUGCCAAGAGCUGCGUAGAGCAUUGUUUUUUAAAACAUUGUACAGUCUGUAAGCUCUCGAAUGUAUUUGAAGAAAAAUAGCCUGUUCUGCUGAAUAACUGAUCGAUUUGGCGAGAUUAAAAAUCGGGGGCUUUUUCUUGACUAAAUCGACCACCUGCCUCCUUCGACAACAAUAGCAAAAGCUGUUCCGAAAAGACAUUGACGAGGUUGGCUAUUUUUGGUUUUGAUUGCACUCAUCUUUUCGGCUUGCGGAUUGCCUUCCUUCCCAAGCGUUUUCUGUAGCAACGGCGCCUUGCAGAACGAAUCGUUUGGAUCGACGCUUUUCUACAAGGGCUUCUGCUCAGCGCAAUUCGUUCCACGGCAGCGGCAGACUCAAACAUAGACAAGAACAUUAGAGAAACGGCUGAUUUGGCCUAGAGGCGACAAAUCAGACAAACAUUUGCGAAAAAGAAAGCGAUUCAUGUGCAGGGAUAUUCGACGAGCUGGCUGCAACCAGAUUGUGUCAAAAGGAUGGGAUAUGUCAACAAAACCGUCAAAAGAUACACGUUCUUGUUUUGGAUUGCCUAUCUAGUGCUUCUUGUUGAGGGUAAGAGAGCGAAGCAACCCAGGUGCCCAUCAUCUUGUACGUGCACCAAAGAUAAUGCCCUGUGUGAAAACAUAAGGACGGUUCCUCGCAGCUUUCCUCCAGAUGUCGUCUCACUAUCUUUUGUAAAAUCUGGAUUCAACGAAAUAGCAGAAUCAAGCUUCUCACAUACGCCGGCCCUCCAGCUUCUCUUGUUCACAGCCAAUACAUUUGAUUCUAUUAACGAUGAUGCUUUCCUCGGUCUACCCCAUCUGGAAUAUCUGUUUAUCGAGAACAACAAAAUCAAGUCCAUAUCACCAUAUGCUUUCAGAGGGUUAAAAUCCCUGAUACACUUGAGCCUGGCCAACAAUAACCUGCAGACACUACCAAAAGAUGUUUUCAAGGGAAUGGAUGCUUUAACAAAAGUGGAUCUCAGAGGCAACAUCUUCACGUGUGACUGCAAACUGAAGUGGCUGGUGGAUUGGAUGUAUAACACCAAUGCAACUGUGGAUCAGAUUGACUGCAACGGGCCUCCACUGUACCAAGGGAAGAAAAUCAAUGACCUCGUGCCACAGUCAUUUGACUGCAUAACAACAGAAUUUGCCGCGUAUCAGUCUCUAAAAUUUGAGUCCAUUUCCGUGGAGUCUUUUUCUUUUGGCAAUGAUCAAUAUAUCGUGUUUGCCCAGCCCUUCGUUGGAACUUGCAGCUUCCUGGAAUGGGAUCAUGUUGAAAUGGUCUUCCGAAAUUAUGACAACAUUGACAGUACAUCCACCGUAGUUUGCAAACCCUUGGUCAUUGACAACCAGCUGUUUAUUAUAGUGGCCCAGCUCUUUGGCGGCUCUCACAUCUACAAGCGGGACAUGUCAGCAAAUAAGUUCAUCAAGAUCCAGGACAUCGACAUCCUGAAAAUACGGAAGCCCAACGACGUGGAGAUUUUCCGCAUCGACGGAGAGUCCUACUUCGUCAUCGCCGACAGCUCCAAGGCGGGCUCCACCACCGUGUACAAGUGGAACGGGAACGGCUUCUACUCGCACCAGUCCCUCCACCCGUGGUACCGCGACACGGACGUGGAGUACCUGGAGAUCGCAAACAAGCCCCACCUGAUCCUGUCCAGCAGCUCCCAGCGGCCCGUCAUUUACCAGUGGAGCAAGAGCCAGAAGCUGUUCGACCGCCGCACGGACAUCCCCGAGAUGGAGGACGUGUACGCCGUCAAGCACUUCCGGGUCAAGGCCGAGCUCUACAUCUGCAUGACCCGCUUCAUCGGCGACUCCAAGGUGAUGCGCUGGGACGGCUCCAUGUUCACCGAGAUGCAGACCGUGCCCUCGCGCGGCUCCAUGGUCUUCCAGCCCUUCUCCGUCGACAGCUGGCAGUACGCGAUCCUCGGAAGUGACUACUCCCUGACGCAGGUCUAUCGCUGGGAGGCCAAGAGGAAUCAGUUUGUCCACUUCCAGGAACUGAACAUUCAGGCACCGAGGGCAUUCUCCCUCGUUUCCAUUGACAAGCGUGAGUUCUUGCUCGCUUCCAGCUUUAAAGGGAAAACUCAGAUUUAUGAACACCUCAUGAUUGACCUGAGCAAUUGAUAGACUGUGGACAAGGCAUGUGUUGGAAAGCCACCCUGUAUGGACUUGGACUUGUUGUAAGACUAUAUGCAUGAUAAAGCCCAUUAAUAAUACUUCCAGAUGAAUGCCUUGCUAGAAAUAUCCAUCUUUUUCUUUUUGUCAUCAUAUACAGUACUACAGCGCUUUUUAAAUAUUCUUUUUUUUUAAGCCAUUGUUAAUGUAUUUUCUGCGACUACAAGUCGUACACACACUUUUGCAAUCACAUCUGUUAUUGACAAGGGGGGGGG